UUGGCGACGGGCGAUCGCUACCUGCCUGCCUCUCGGGAGCGUAGCCGCCACAUCGACGGAUCCGGCCGAGCGCGGAGCGGGCGGCCGUCGGACCAGCGAGGAUGUAUACGGCCGGAUUGGCCCCCUUUUACGCGUCCAACUUCAGCCUGUGGUCGGCGGCGUAUUGUACCCCGGCGGGCCCGGGCGCGGGCGGCUGCUUCUCCUUAGAUCCAUCGGGGCUCAAGAAGCCGUCCUUCUGCAUCGCGGACAUUUUGCACGCCGCCGCAGGAGAGGCAUCGGCGGUGGACGGCCUGCCCGGGGGCCCCUCGUCCAACUUGGCCGCCCACUUAGGGGCCGUCCAUGCCCACGCGCAGUUCCACGCCGCGGCCUCCCCGCUGAGACCGACCCCCCUGGUGGCCCCGGACACGCCGGUCGCCUUCGCCGCCAGGCUCUCGCCUCUCUCGGCUCCUUACCACCACCCUCCUCCUCAGCACCAGCGCUCUCCCAGCGGAGGCCCGAGCGGAGGCGCCUCGACCCCGGGCAGGGGGCAAAACGCGCAGACCCAUCCUCCGGGCUCGGCUCCAGCCCCCUCCAGCAAAGACUUGAAAUUCGGGAUUGAUCGCAUUUUGUCCGCCGAGUUUGACCCGAAACUCAGGGAAAGCAGCACGUUGAGAGAUCUGACCUCCUUAUUAAGCACCAGCCGCCCAAGCGGGGUUCAUGUCCCCGCCUUGCAACCUCCGGCCGGCCAGUUCUUCGCGUCUCUAGAACCCAUUAACGAGACCUCCGGGGUCCUGGGGCCUUUAAACACAACCCCAAGGAAUUCAGUGCAGCACCAGUUUCAAGACACUUUUCCAGGUCCUUACGCGGUGCUCACGAAGGACACGCUGCCUCAGACCUAUAAACGGAAACGCUCGUGGUCCCGGGCGGUUUUUUCCAAUCUCCAAAGGAAAGGGUUGGAGAAACGCUUUGAAAUCCAGAAAUACGUCACCAAGCCGGACCGAAAACAGCUGGCAGCCAUGUUAGGACUCACGGACGCUCAAGUGAAAGUUUGGUUCCAGAACCGGCGUAUGAAGUGGAGACACUCCAAGGAGGCGCAGGCGCAGAAGGACAAAGAGAAGGAGCCGGCGGAGAAGGCGGCAGGGGGCGCUGUGCAGACGGUCGAAGGCGAGGCUGAGCGCAGUCCCAGCCGCUCAGAAGGCGAGAGCGAAAGCAGCGAGGCUGAAUCCUUGGAUCUGGAGCCCGGCAGCGAUGCGGAACGGACAGAAGCCGGGGCCGCCGCAGACCAGCCCCUGCAGCGGCACAGCCCGGGGCUGCACCACCCGGCUGGAUUGGAGACUGCGGUUCACCCCGAGACACCAUCAGCUCCCACGGGCCUGGACCAAGGCAGAGAGCCCUUGCGGUGCGCCGAGCCCUCUUUUUGCUUGCGGGACUCUCCGUGACUGUCUUGCCUCGGUGUUCCAGCCAGGCUGAGAAUCCACCAAUAGCUCGGCUCCCAGUGAUCGCUCCCGCUUCCACUUGGGAACUGGGGAAGUAGUCUCAACCCCCAAACUGUGGUUGGAUGUGGGGGUACUGACCCCUAUUGUCGGUGGAGAGAGGUGGGUUCGGAGGUAACUACAACCUCACAACUGCGGGUGGAUGUGGAUGUGGGGUACUAACCUCUGUUUUAGCUGGAGUCUGAGGUAAUUACCCCAACUAUGGAGAAUGUGGGUUUAUCAACUCCCAACAGUGAGUUGGCCGCAGCUAUGGCGCUGCAGGAGGAGGGCGAACAUGUGGGUCUCAAGAGAUGCUCUGUACAGAAUGUAGUACUUAAGAAAGGGAACCCGCAGACCUAGUCCCAGGAAGGCCUCUUCCACAUGUUACUGGCAGAGAACCUCUGUUGGAGGAGCCCCUCAGGUCAGGGAAAGGGCAAAACCACGUCUUCAUCCUUUUCCUAUCUCCUCCAGCCCCGGAACCACCUCCUCCUCCCCCUCGGCCCAUUCACAAUGUGAAGUGUUUUUAUCUCUCCUUACCCUUCUGACCAUUUGCCAAAUGUGUUGCUUUGUAUAAUCUGGCCAAGAAAUACUGCACUGGAGAGGGGAAGAAAAGUA